UGUCGAUCUCGCGAUACUCUCGUGGAUCUCCGACACAUCCGGAAACAUGGCAGACGAGCUUGGGCGAAAAUGGGACCGCUGUCUUGCUGACACAGCCUUAAAAACAGCAACUGGCGUCGGUAUCGGCAUCGUGUUCUCCGUCCUCUUCUUUAAGCGUCGAACGUGGCCUGUGUCGUUCGGAUCGGGCCUGGGGUUGGGAAUGGGAUACAGCAACUGCCAGCAUGACUUCAGGUCACCAUAUCUGAUUCAUGGCCGCAUGGUUAAGGACCAGUGAUGAAAAACUGAAGAACAACAUGAGAAUCUCAUCUGUUUAAUUGAAUGAUUUCUUUGGCACUGACUUCCAAAGAUGCCCACUAUGUGUAUCUUGUAAUACAGUAAAUGUAUAUUUAAUAAAAUUAUUGCAUAAAGCUUU